AUGAAGUUUGUUAUAUUUUUAAUGAUAUUUUCGAUUUCGUGCCAUUCAAUAAAAGGCACAAAAGAUGAAAAAUCGAUUAGUAAAGUUUUGAGAAGUUUAAUGCAAACUCCACAAACUCAAAAAAAUCGUGAAACACUUACGAAGAAUUUAAGACAUUCAGUUGCAAUGGGAGUUGCUUUGGGAGCAUUGAGAGUUGAAGAACGAAUGGAAAGUAAUAUAAUUAAACUGUUUGAUAAUUUCGUGAAAACUGUCAGAAGAUCUGAUCUGGAAAAAGCUGCAAUGCAAUAUAAAAAUAUUUUAAACACAAUUAGUAAUGACAGAGUGCGACUUUCUAUGCUUAGAAGUAUAAGCAAUAUUGCAAGCCUAUCGAAAGGCUCUAAUGCAAUCAAAGACUCAAUUAAUAUUGCUUCGAAAAUUGGAAAACUUAAGAAGGAAAAUCCUGUUCAAGAAUUGAAGACUUUUGAAGUAUCAGAUAUGGAAAAGAAGUUACAAUCUGAUGUUCAAGAACAUUUAAAACUUAUUCGAGAAACAACACGCAAAUCAGUAACAGAUCUAAUGAAGAAUCUAAACUUAAAAACAAAAUUAAAAUUGCCUGACUUGCCUGCAGCUGCUUCAUCAAAUCACUUUGAACGAGAAAAUCUUUUAAAUUAUUUUAUGAAAGGAAAGUUAGGACAAAUGUUCAAAAGUCAAAAGCAACAAGUCGAUGAUUCAGGUGAAGAAUUCACUGACAAAGAAAACCAAGAAGAAGGAGACGAAAAUUUUGAAGGUGCUUUAGAUGCACCUCCUGCUGGCAAUGGUGGAUUCACAGCUUUAAUUGCUAGUUUAAGUGGAGGUGAUGAGGGAUCUGAUGUUGGGGCAUUGGUUGGUGUUCUUUCCGGAGCGAUUUCAAAUCUUCUUGGCCCAGAGGGUCUCGACAUUCCUUCAACCCUUGCCACAGCUUCAAGUCUUAUCACAGGACUUCUAGCAGGCGAUGAAAACUUUGGAAAAGUUUUAGCUUCAUACAUUGGAACUGUCGUUGAUGGAUCUUCCGGUGGAGGUGGUGCAGAAAGCAACGGUGAAUUUUUUGGAAAUUUUGUUGGAACUUUGUUCGCGGAACUUAGUGCAGAUCCAGAAGAAGAAGCAGGACCUCAGCCGAAGUUAUUUAUAGAUUAUUUCUUUAGAGGAAUUGAACAAUCGAAACAAAAGCGUGACACGGAAGAUAGCGAAGGAGCUGAAACUGAAGAAAACAAAGGCGGUGGUUCUGCUGGAUUUAUUUCUGAAUUAGUUUCGUCGUUUGUGGGUGGAAUUACAAAUUUGCUUUUUAAAGCGUCAAUUUCAUCGUCUGGUGGAAGUUCCCAUGGAUCAGCUGGGUUAUCUUCAGGAAGUUCAGACGGUUCUCAUAAAGGUUCGGCUCAUGCCACCGAAGCAAUAAAAACAUGA